CGUCGACGGACAACUUUCGAUCGGUUCGUCUCACCGCGAAGGUGUAAAAUUAGUUCGUGCAUGGUCUCUAACCCAACGCUAACAGUGUAUAUAGAGGCAGUCAUGCCUCAACAAGCAUGGCAAAAUAGCUGAAAUGCGUCAUGGCUGUCGAUCUCUAUUUACUCUUCCUUUGAGGGCUACGUAGGCGUAAACUACAAGGCUGCGAGGUUGACCUGAAUCAUCGACGGCACGGGUGUACAUGUACUGCUAAACUUCGCUAGAUAAAUGCGUACACUGUGUUAAUCUGUAUAAAUUAAAGUGUUAAUGAUUCAUUGAGAGACAUAUUGGUGCAUUUUUUUUCGAGGAAGAACUGGUUAAUUUACUGUGCCUGAUAAAAAUACUGCGGAUCGAUCUUAUUUAGUGAGUCGGGCAACGAUUUAAAAGAAACGCGAGGCCACGUACGACUUUCCACUGCAUCGUUUCGCGAUUACUUAUAGUUACAAAGAAUAAUGGAGGAUUCAGCAUCAUGCAUGCAUUCUAAGUGUCAGCUCUUUAUCUGGGGCCUUGGAAAAUCUGGUCAGCUGGGGACAGGCAAUGAGCACACACAGCACAACCCCCAGAUGAUUCAAGUGAAAAGUGACAGCAAGGGGCAUGAAGCUUGGCCAUGUCAGGUGUCUUGUGGAGGUUUGUACACUGCAAUUGUAAUGUCUGAUGGGGAAAUGUACACCAGUGGCUGUGCAAAAUAUGGUCGACUGGGCAGUGGAUGUGAAGACAACAGAAGCAAGUUUGUAAGGACACCUUUACCACAAAAAGUGAAAAAGGUAUCGACUGGACUGUGGCAUGGAGCAGCAGUUACAGAAUCCAGCAGUCUUAUUGUGUGGGGAUAUAAGAAAGGAUGUGGCGAUCGCCUAGAAGGUAAGAAAGAUUGUGAUCAACCAGAAAGAAAAUGUCAUGAGUCAGCACACUCAGUCAGCAUGUGGGUUCUUCCUUCAGUCUGCAUCAUGCCUGAGAAUCAUAAGGUUGUCGGUGUGGCAUGUGGCUACAACUACACUCUGGCCUGGCUGAGCACUGGGGUGGUCCUGUCAUGGGGAAGCGGCCAUCAUGGUGUUCUAGGCCAUGGCUUUGUUGGUGACAUUGCAUCCCCUCGUCCAGUCGAGGCAUUACAGUUGACAAAGAUCAUGGAUGGAGCUGCUGGCUACUCCCACUCUGCAUUUGUGACAUCAGAUGGAUGUCUGUUCAUGUGUGGCAAAGGCAAGGAUGGGGCUCUAGGACUGGGUAACAAGAAGCUAGCAGAUGUGACAUGUCCGCAACAGGUCAGCUUUGCGGAUAAUGUGCAGGUGGUGAAGGUGAGCUGCAGUGUUGGUGAGCAUCAUGGGCACACUUUGGCUCUCACAAGACGUGGUGAAGUUUAUGCCUGGGGUGAUGGCUACAAGGGCAAGCUAGGGAUGGGCAGCCAAGAGAGCCUGUACACCCCGGUGCAAAUUGCAGCUGAAAAGUUUGACAUGGAACACGUGACUGAGGUUUCUGCUGGUGGAAUCCACAGUGCAGCAGCAACAGCAGAAGGAAGUAUCUUCACAUGGGGUUGUGGAAGUGAUGGCCGAUUGGGACAUCCUGAGGGCCAAGGACACAGAUACCUUUUUAGAAGUGAUGUGCCAAGGAGGGUUGAAGCACUUGCUGCCAAAGGGAGAAGACUGGCAAUGGUCAACUGUUCGUACUACCAUACAGCUGCUAUUGUGGGGCUUUCGUGCCCAUUGUAGUGGAAUCUGUUCAUGGUAAAAACUAACUAGAAAUCUCAAUACCCAGUUUUACUAAUGAAAGGUUGGCCUUUACCUGUGUCAUGAAUGCAGUUUAGGUGCAUGUGCGAGUGUAUCUGGUAAAGAUGAAAAGCGUGCAAGUCAAGGUAAAAAUUGGGCAGGGGGAAUUCAUCUUAGUGAAAGAUGAAAGACAGAUGAUUUUGGUGGACAUUUUAGUUGCAAGAAGAGUAUUUGCAAGUUAAGUGAAGAGUCUUAGAACUCCAUGUUCAAGAAGUAAUUCCUUGCCUAACCAAGGUAACAUUUGUAAAUCUGUCCGUUACUUAUUUUUAUCUAUGAUUUUUGGCACUGGCGUGGAAGGGAAUGGAAAAUUCACGCACCAAAUGUUCGUCAUUUGAUUAGGGGAGUAGUGAGGCAACUAUGUAUCUGAAACAAGAGUGUAGAAAGCUUGUGUUCCAUGCAACCCUGUACUGGAAGCCAGUGAAAAAUAUGAAGGUUUUUAUUGAUCUUGUUUGAAAGAUGAGCAUCAAUGCAGAAGUUUGGAGUUUAUAUAAAGUACAGCUAGUACAAUAGUCAAAUUUUAAUAAAAUAAAGGCACAAAUGGGAGACUGCAGGCAGUUUUGAAUGGAGAGGGAAUGAUGUCUGCUACUGACUUUGCUCAGCUUAUGUGUAGCACUGCAGAUGUAAGAAAUGAAGCCAUGCGUCAAAGUAUGAACUAAGUUCCAGCAUGGAGAAUCACUCAAUAAAGCCCAUUCUAAUGGAUACAGGAAUAAAGUUGCACCACUACUCCCAAGCUCCUAAUAAUAAACUCUGGCUUUGUGUUUUGUCCUACAUUUUCCCUUACUGCGCAUAGAUUUUGGAUCUAGUGUAAAGGAUAUUAACUGCACUCCCAGUAACAAACUGCCACUGUGUUCACGUUACUUUAUUUAUUCAUGUUUUAUUAGACAAAAAUCUAAUAAAAAAUUUAUCACAGACAGAGCUAUUUUCUAAACUAGAUGCAUAAACACAAAGUUUUACUAUC